UUGGAACGUGAGAAAUUCCAGGAACUUUUCAACAUCCUCUCUCUCCUCCUGUGUGUUGUGUGUGUUCCAGACUGUCUAUAACAAAAGAUGCUGGGUUGCGGUUAUGUGCUUCUUUCUUGUCUCCUGACGGUGACUCAGUUCCACUGCAGCGUAGACAGUCUUCGCCUCACCCAGGAGAGCCCAGAGUACCUGGACCGGGUGGUUCUAGAGGAGUCAGGCCUGCAGGCCAGGUCCAGUGAGCAAAAGGCAGCAGGGGAUUUGACAGCCAAGUUGCUACUCCUUGACCACCUGGACCGCCGGGAGAACGACGUCAUUGAGACCAAGACGAAGAGGAGCUUCCCAGGGUCCAAUACUCCACUAGACCGCCUCUCCAUCAGCACCAUGGACCCUAAGGGCUCCAAGCAGAGGAAAGUUGUUGAACUGCCACGGAGGCGAGUGAGUGUUCCUAUCGACCGGAUCGGAGUGGGCCGUCUACCUAGCAGCCGAGGGUAG